UUUUUUUCCUUCAUUCAGGUUAGGGUGGGUUUUUCGGGUGUUUAAAUCAUCGACAAAAAAUAUGAUCCAUCAAUAAAACCUAUGGAAUAACAAACGAACAAUAUAUUCUGUGGAGUGUCGUAUAUUUCUUCUGUGCGAACCAAUCAUGCCGGAACUGCGGAAUCGAACGGAUAUACAAAUGCCAAGUAUGAAGGAUGAAUCGGAAGGUGAAGGAGAAGAAAUGUCACAUGACAGUAACGAUAGUAACCAGAGCUCCGCAUCCUGCGACAGCAGCGCGGAACACAGUGACAGCGAUGAUUCUUCUGAAAUGGAUGAAGAUGAGUGUGAAAGGCGUAGAACUGAAUGCAUGGAGAAUCUUGUGGAUCUUGAAAGACAAUUUACGCUUCUAAAAGAACAGCUUUAUCGAGAAAGAAUAACACAGGUAGACACAAAACUGGGUGAAGUGCGAAUAGGAAAAUCAGAGGAGUAUUUGAUACCACUGGAACGACUGAAAGAAAAUAUGAAAACGAAAACGGAAGUAGCAGGAAUCUUGAAGCAAUUGAGACUGCAAAAUAUUCACAAUAAAUUUUUGGCAGAGGAGCAGGCGGCGCAGCAGAAUUUCGAGAGCGAAAAAGGUCUCGUUUGGGACGGAAUUCACAGUGAUCUUCAAGAAAAAAUUCGUAGGUUGGAGGAAGAUCGUAAUAACGUUGAUAUUCAUGCGGAUCUUUGGCUGAGCUCGAGUGGACGCACGAGAAGGAAUCAUUCGGAAAGGAGAAGAGCAGUUUCCGUUGCUGGACCUUACAUUGUUUACAUGCUCAACGACGCUGAUAUACUCGAGGAUUGGGCAUUAAUAAAAAAGAGCAUGAGUAGCAGAAAAACUGAAAUUCUUUAAUCUUCAAUGAUGUGAAAUCAAUAGGACGCUCAUUCUUGGUUUAUAUUACCAGUGCUAAUAAUAAUCUGCGAGAAGUGCCUCUUUUUCUUAAUUUCGAAACUCAAAAUGGUUUCGAUGUGUAAAGAUUAAUCGAAUGACCGAAAUAUCCUUCCACAUAAAGUUGCAUUAAAAAUGACUCCAAGAGUAUUCUCUUUUCGUUGUGCAGUAACAACUCCCUGUUGGUGGCACAAUAUUCCUCUCGUCGGUAAACGAUAUCCAAGAUUUGUAUAAAUUUAAGGUCUAAUGUAAAUAGCGUUUAAGUAUAUUUCGUAUUUUAUAAAUAAAGCGCGUGUCUUCGGUA